AUGACUCCUGUAGAAGCUAGUAAGAAGAAGAAUGAAAAUGCCGUAUAUUACAAUCUGUAUGGUGAUAUGAAACAGUUGUCAUCUGAGCCCAAAUUCAAGGUUGGUGAUAAAGUUAGGAUAAGUAAGUACAAGAGAAAAGUGUUCGAUAAAGGGUACACUCCUAAUUGGACAGAGGAGAUAUUCCUUAUUGAUAAAAUCCAAUCCACAAACCCAAUCACAUACAGAUUAAAAGAUCUCAAUAAUGAGGAAAUACAAGGCAGCUUUUAUGAGCCAGAAUUACUACCAGCAAAACAGGAUGUAUUUCGCAUUGAAAAGGUCAUUCGGAGGGAUUAUAAGAAGAGACAAGAUCUUGUAAAAUGGUUGGGCUAUAGUGACGACUUUAAUGGUUGGAUUCCACUGAGCAGCUUGCAAAAAAUU